AAGGAGCAUUUAGGGAGUGUAGAGUACGAGAGGUGCCCGCGGAGUUUCCGCUUUACCCAUCGCCAGCUUAUCUCGUGCCUGCGGUGAUCCAAGUACCAGGAACUCCCGUUCCCACGAGGCAAUGUCUAUGCAGCCCGCGUCUAACGUUGGCAAAGGCGUAUCCUAGAAGUGGUUAAGAGUAAAGUAGUAUGGGAAAGAAGCCACUUCCAGUAUAUGUGUAAAAAUGGCAAAAAGCUUACGGAGCAAGUGGAAAAGGAAGAUGCGGGCAGAAAAGAGAAAGAAGAAUGCACCGAAGGAACUUAGUCGUCUAAAAAGCAUCCUGAAAAUAGAUGGGGAUGUUCUAAUGGAAGAAGUAAAAGAGAUUGCAACUGUGGUGGCACCUGGAAAAAUCAAAGAGAAAACAGAUAAUGUGGACAAAGACCAAGAGGGUGAAUCAAAAAUGGAAGUGGAUAAUAAAAGAAACAAGAAGAGUCUUUUAGAUGAACAUGGACAAUACCCUGUUUGGAUGCAUCCAAGGCAAAGGAAGAAAUUAAAGGCAAAACGGGGAAAAGGGAAAAACAAAGUGAAGGCAGCAAAAGCGGCAAAGGGUUUGGCCUGGUAGUCUUAAAGGCCUUGAAAAAUAUCCCAUGGACGUUUUUUAUUCAGAAUAUGUACUUUGAAUGAAAAGAAUUUGUUUCCAUAUUUUGCCUUCAACCAAAACACAGAAUAUCUGUCUUUCGUACUUCAUUUGGCUUUUCAUUGUUGCAGUAUGUUUUUUCUGUUUGGAGGAUAACUUGUCUGACUGGGUCAGUGUCAGUGAUUUAGCUGAUGCAGCAUUUUCCAGCUAAUGAACUGUGUGAUCAUGACAUAUUUGUGAAUUUUUGGUAAAUAUAUCCAAUAAAUAAGACAACAUAGGCUGUUAACAAAUUAGCCCCACGCUUUUAAAAAUAAUUGUCAUUUUUUUGUAAUUCUUAGACAAAAGUAUUGUUGAUCUAAAUGGAAACUGUUCGUAGAGUUUUAUUUUUGCUUUAAAAGUAAAAUUGAAAAAGUUGAUAUUCUA